AUCUCACAUCCCUUCGAAAUCUUUCCGAUGCUUCGCUCGCUCAUCCGAUGGCACCCCCUCCGCUCCAUUCCAAGCCUCCUCCGUUUCCUCCACCACCCAAUCCUCAAAUCUCCCAAAGAACCUGCCACCGCCACCGCCACCGUCUCCUACCUCAUCAACUCCUGCGGCCUCUCCCUCUCCGCCGCCCUCUCCGCCGCUAAAAAGGUCCAGUUCAAAUCCACCGCCAACCCCGACGCAGUGCUCGCCCUCCUCAAAGACCAUGGCUUCACCAAGCCCCAGAUCGCCAACCUUGUCUCCAAGCACCCGUCCCUCCUCGCCUUCCGCCCGCAAAAAACCAUCAAACCCAAGCUCGAUUUCUUCGUGGGCAUCGGCUACUCCGGCGCCGAUCUCGGCAAGCUCAUCUCCGCCGACCCCAAUCUCCUCCUGGCCAGCCUCGAGAAAAAGCUCGUUCGCAACUUCGACCUGCUCAAGACCCUCCUCGGCUCGUCGGAGGCCGUCGUCUCCGCGGUCGCCGGUACCUCCCGUCUUCUCCGGUACGACCUCAAUGCCAUGAUGCUGCCUAAUAUGGAGACGUUGCGAGAUCAUGGAGUCCCUGGGCCAAAGGUUAUCCAGCUAGCUGCAACGUAUCCACGGGUGCUGAUGAAGAAGCGCGAUCGGUUCACAGAGACUGUAGAAUUGCUCAAAGGAAUGGGGAUGAAACCGAAGUCGACGAUGUUCAUUCUCGCUAUCAAUGCAAUGCUGGGGUUGACUCCGGCGACAUGGGAGAGGAAGCUGGCGGUUUAUAGGAGUUUAGGAUGGUCUGAGAAGGAGACUCUCUUGGCCUUCAUGAAGCACCCGUUCUGUAUGCUGGCAUCAGACCAGAACAUCAGGAAAUCGAUGGAGUUCUUUGUGAAUAAGCUGAAUUGGGAGCCGACGUUUCUAGCAGCGCGGCCGAAGCUGCUGUCUUUCAGUCUUGAGAAGAGGAUCAUUCCAAGGUGCUCGGUUUUGGGCGUUUUGUUGUCGAAGGGAUUGGUGAGGAGCAAAUUUGGUGUGCACACCUUGAUGAUAACUGAGAAGGACUUCUUGGCAAAGUAUGUGAUCAAGUAUGGGAAGCAGAUCCCUGAGGUGCUUGAGGCUUACCAGGGAAAAUUGGAAUUUGUAGGGAUCGAGGCAGGGAAUCAAUGUAAACAAAAAAAGGGAGGCUGGGGAUCAAAGAAACAUAUGGAAAUUGGCAGUUGUGAAAGAGUUUCAUUCUUGACUUCCUGUAGAGAUGUGGAAGCUGGAUUAUGGGAUACAGAUAAAUAUUCUGUUCGUUGAAGCUCCAGUACAGAAAACAAGGAAUUCCCUAAUUACGUUUACCAUCAUCAGUGGCUGAGUGAUUUGGAGGUCCAGUCAUACUGAAGAAUGUAUUAAUUUUCCUGGUACUUUGUAUAGUUUUAGUGCAUAAUAUACUGAUAGGUAAAAAUUAUUAUGCGCAUCAUGAUGUCAGGGAAGUAAGAAGAAAGUUUGUGGUCAAACUGGUGCAUCUUUUAGCUAUUAUGAGAGUGAACGUGUCAAAUACAAAGUUUUUGUACAUAUAACUUGCAUCAUUAGGUUUUUCAUUUUUCUGGUA